AUGGCUUCAAAUCGUCAACAAGAACCUACUCCCCCCGCCCCAGCCUAUUUCCCCACCCACGCCUCCUCUCCCCUACACCCUCCCACCGUCCUCUACACCAAGCUUAGAAACCUCAACCCGACCAACUUGAUCAAGAAACAAGACUUCCUCAUCCCCCCGCGCAGCGGAAAAGCCUGGAAAGUCUCCGCCGGCCAGAUCUGGCGCCUCUCCACCCCCUCGGGCCCCCAAGUCGGCGACCUAAACAUCUGGGCGCAACACGAUCCCCGCGAAAGAUUCUGGGCCGCGCGCACGAGACAGUUGCAAGGGAGUCAUGUGCGCGAAGGCGACCGCCUGUGGAGUAAUCUCCCAUUCAUGCGGCCUUUGUGCGGGAUGCUUAAGGAUGGGUGUUUACUUUCCGACGCGCCAGACACUCGCGCGGCGGCGAGCGAUGAGCGCGGGCAGCUGACGAGAUGGGGCGGACGCACGCAUGACUUACUCGGGACGCGGUGCGAUCCGUAUGUUUCUCAUAUGCUCACUGGCGCGGAGUAUGAUUUCCACUGCCAUUCGAAUCUCGUGCGGGCGGUGCUGCCCUACGGCUUGACCGAGUUUGACGUGCAUGAUGUGCUCAAUGUGUUUCAGACUACCGGGUUGGAUGGUCAGGGCAGGUAUUUCAUGGAGGCUAGUCCGGCGACGAAGGAGAGUUAUGUGGAGUGGUUCGCCGAGACGGAUUUGUUGUGUGCGUUGAGUACGUGUCCGGGCGGCGAUUUGUCGAGGUGGGGGUGGACGCAGGCGGAGGAGGAGGAGGCGGGUGGGGAGGAGGGGAUGAAGGGUACGUGUAGGCCGAUUCGGGUGGAGGUUUGGGAGAUCGGGGAGGAGGUUAGGGGGGAGGUAUUAGGUGGGUGGAGGGAGAGUGAAAGGAGUAGGUAUAGGGGGAUGCAUGGGAUGGGGGUGCCCAAGGGGGAGAAGUAG